AUGAGUCAAGAGAUCCAGUGGGUAGUUGUUAGAGAUAUACGGAAUAAUUUGAGGGUUUCCUCGAAGGAAUUGUGUGAAUUGAAGUUAUACAAGUCUAGUAAAUGGUCAUCAGAGGCAUUAUGUGGUAUGGUUCAUUUGCCAGAGGGUCGAAGGUUAUCUGGUGGUGGUGUUGGUGAUGAUGGGUAUGAAUCGCCUUUGAAAAGUAGGAAGAAUCAUGAUGGAAACGUUUGUGGAGUAUUUGAAGGGAGUUCUAGAUGUCUUUCUAAUCAAUUGACGCCAGAAGAGUACGAUCUGUAUCUUUUGGGGUCUUCUCUGUUCGAUUGCAAAGAGUUUGAUAGGUGUUCUUAUUUUUUGAAAGAAGUUAGUAAUCCAAAGUUGAAAUUUUUGAAAUUAUACUGUGAUUAUCUUUCUUGGGAUAAAAAAUCUCAGGAAAAGAUGGAAAGUCUAUUGACUACAGGGAAGAUUCCUUCUUCGAAAAACAAUGAUGAUCAGGAUAAUGAUAGAAAUAAUGAUUCUAUAAUCAAUUUUCAAUUGGAGAGGAACUCUCAGAAUGUUUCCAUGGGAGAUGGCCAUGUUACUAGUGUUUCAGUGAUUUUAAAUGAGUUGAACACUUAUCUAAAUGAAUUUAAAUUGAAGAAUAGAAAAGAAAGUGAAUAUGAAAAAAUGGGUUUAGGUAUAGCAUUGCUAUAUUAUUUACGUGGGAUAUUGGAAAAGGCAGAAAAUAACAAAUCACAAGCUAUGUCAUCUUUUUUAAAAUCAUUAUCAAUAUAUUCAUUCAACUGGGCUUGUUGGCUCGAAUUAUCAGACUGCAUAACAAGAGCAGACGAAUCAUUAUUACUUUUAAAAUACUUGAGCGAGAGAUUCACUCUAGAUGGCACAUACAAUUAUGGUGCUCAACAGGAUACGAAGCAAAAUGUGCUGAUAAAAUUUUUUAAAUUAAACUUAUUUCAAGAGUUCAAUGGGAACCUUGAUGAAUUUAUCGACGAUUUGGAAUAUUUACUGGGAAUAUUCCCUAAUUUUUCAUAUCUGAAGGCUCAAAAUGCUUUGAUAAAUUAUAAUUAUAUGGAUUAUUUGAAUUCUGAACAAUUAUUUGAACAGAUUAUAAAAGCAGAUCCGUAUCGUUUAGAUGAUUUGGACGUAUACUCAAAUAUCCUUUACGUCAUGCAAAAGCAUCCCAAACUAUCAUAUUUGGCCCAAUUCUCAUCACAAGUGGACAGAUUCCGUCCAGAAACUUGUUGUAUUAUAGCUAAUUACUACAGUGCCAGGCAAGAGCAUGAAAAAUCGAUAAUGUAUUUUAGACGAGCAUUGACAUUAAAUAAAAAAAAUACCAGUGCAUGGACAUUGAUGGGUCAUGAAUUUGUAGAGCUGAAAAAUUCACAAGCUGCUAUUGAAUGUUAUAGACGAGCGGUUGAUAUCAAUCCUAGAGAUUUUAAAGCAUGGUAUGGUUUAGGGCAAGCAUACGAAGUGCUGGAUAUGCAUCUGUACUCUUUAUAUUAUUUCCAAAAGGCAUGCACUUUGAAACCACUGGAUAAACGAAUGUGGCAAGCACUAGCUAGUUGUUACGCAAAAGUAGGGAACAUUAGAGAUUCAAUUAAAUCCUACGAAAGGGCUCUGCAGUUAUCAUUAAAUGCUGACCAAGACUCAACAUUACUAUACAGACUUGCUGAGCUCUAUGAACAAAUUCAUGAUGUAGAAAGUUGUAAGAAUUUCAUGAUAAAAUGUGUCGAAAUUGAAAAGGCUACUGAAGGGAUGGUAACAGAAGAAACAGCAAAGGCACAUCUCUGGCUGGCAAGAUAUGAAAUGAAACGGAGAAAUUAUGAAGAAGCAUAUAACUACGCGGUUGGUGUCUCUCAUGGGACAUCGCAAGAUAUAGAAGAAGCUAGAGCAAUCACCAGAGACUGCAGAAGAAGGCUACAAUGA